AUGGAUACUGUCGAUUUCGAUCUCGCUCGAAUCAGUACCAUAAGGAACAAACAACGAACAGUUUGGGAUGUGUCAUACCGAGUCUUGCAAAGCCGCUAUCGACAAAUUGCAUUCAGUGGGCUUGGAGUUAUCCAAUCAGCAUCUCAAGGUUUACAGGCUGUGUUAGGCGCAUUAUCAUCCACUGUACUUGGCUUCGUUUUACAAAAUGAUGACAGUUGCACUCUCGAUGUUGCUGAUGCGGAACUAUGCGAAUCAGAAUGUUUUCAUUUACUUCGAAUUGUUGGAGCUCAUAUGGAAGAGUUCAGAAACAGCCCUCUGAAGAUUUAUUUUCACACUGAUGAACAUCUGUUUGAACAAACGAUUUGGUCACUUGGUGAUUUAAGCACAUAUGUCGGGAAUAUUGUCACAUUCUGUGCUUCGGCUCAUGUGGGGCAUGUCAAUAUAACAGCUUUGACAGAUAUUCUGUCAACAUUAUUGAAAACACAUGUUAGCGAAGAACGGUCAUCGAUAAACAAAACCGAAACAGUUAUAAUUUAUUCCGAAAAAAGCAAAGAAUGCGGGGUGUUGAAGUUAAACUUUACUGGCGAUCAGAUUAAAACAAAAGGUUGCUGUGAUGAAGGUACAAACACUAAAAUACAUGUUAAAAAGGGUAUGAUCGUCUUCAAAGAUAGCAAAGAACUCUUACUCACUUUACGAACAUUUGCCCGAGAAAAUCGUCAAUAA